CGUGAAGAUUGCUAACGAGACUGUUGAUCAUUUGUCUAUAAAAGUCAACUACAUAAAAGAGAGUUCAGAUUUUCCCUGUUGGAUUCUGUUGCCCUUACCAUGGCGCUGGGAUCCUUCGUCCUUUUCCUGUUGUUACUGGUAGCUGCUUCUGCAGGACCUGUCAAUUGGGAUGAUUCAAAAUGUUCAACAUCAUGUCGUAUACCUACCAAGUUUAUAUACGAGCCCAGAAAAUCCUAUAUCUACAAGUACGAGAGCAAAAACAGGAUAUCCAUUACAGGGGCUACAGAUGAAACAGAUAUUAUGAUAAGAGCAACGGUAGAGAUUGGAGUUCUAGACUAUUGCGAAAUGUCACUGCAGUUGCGUGAUGUAUUCCUUGAUGGAACUGGUGUCAGUGAUCGUCGCCACUUCAAACACAUGUUGGAGGCAGACCCACUGCCAUUUGCCUAUCAUGAUGGACAAAUUCUCAGUAUCUGUCCUUCUUCAAAUGAACCGGUUUGGAUUACUAACAUCAAAAGAGGGAUUUUGUCAGCUUUUCAAAAUUCCAUGAAAUCUCUCAGCUCUCAUACUCACACUUCAGAGUUGGAUGUUUCAGGAAUAUGUAACACAGACUACAAAAUGCAGGAUAGAUCUUUGGACUCCUUUACUGUUGUUAAAACUAAGGAUUUGAGAUCAUGUCAAAAUCGUCACGGAGCUACUACUUCCAUUUUCUCAAACCAAUAUUCAUCUCCUGGUUCACCAAUUCAAAAUAUUCCUUUUCUGGAUGGUAAAUACAAUUGCAAGCAAAAAGUUGAUAGAAACCAAGUUAUCGUAGAAGCAGUCUGUGAGGAGACCAACUCCUUUGUUCCAUUCUCGCAGUCAGAUAAGGGUGCUCAUAUAUAUUCAACAAUCCAUCUUUAUCUGUCUGAUGUUGUGGAUGGUGUAAAUGUGAGGAGAACACAUAUUUCUGGUCGUUCCAAUCUCCUUUAUGCUACUAAAUGUGUCCCUGACAAAAAAUUAGAUCACAAUGAAGCCAUGGAUGUCAUUCGUGAGAUCAGCUCUAAACUAAAAGAUGACGUCAGACCUGCAGUUCCUAAUUUAUUUACUCAUCUAGUGUACAUUCUUCGUAACCUUUCACACAGUUCAGUAACUGAAAUUUAUAAUUCUUUAAAAAGUGGUGAUCUGCAUGAUUUACCAAAAGCAAUGGAUGUUUUUCUGGAUUCACUUCCAAUGGCAGGAUCAGAAGGAACUAUAAAAAUGAUGGUUAGUCUCCUUAAGAGUGACACUGUAACAGGUAUUCGAGCCAAGAUUUGGAAGACAGCUUUUUCUUUCUAUAAAAAUGUUACUGAAGAAUCAGUAGAAGCAUGUGUGACCGAGCGACACUCUUUGGUGUGUCAUCCAUGGUACACCAACUUCUGUCACAAUGUGAGCAGUUGUGCAGAGAAUGAUGCUGUAAAGAAAGUCAUAGAAGCUCUUCAUAAACAUUUAGGCUAUAAGUGUCGACUUGAUAAAUCGGAAGAUGAAGACAAGGUCAUUGCUGUUCUCAAAGCCUUUGGAAAUCUUGGUGAAACUGGAGAAGCUACUGAUGAUAUCUUAGAAUGUGCACAGGCAAAUAGAAAUUCUGUUCCACUUAGAGUAGCAGCCUUGGAAGCAUUCCGUCGUUCACCAUGUGAAGAUAAGAUGAGACAAACAGCUCUUGAACUUUUUGAAAAACAAGAUGAAGAUAUCGAAGUGAGAAUUACAUCUUAUUUGGCAGCAAUCAAGUGUGGUAACCAAGAGGUUAUUGAAAAAGUGAAACAAAUUUUAAAAGAGGAACAGGUGAAUCAAGUUGGAGCAUUUGUGUGGACUCAUUUAACAAAUCUACAAGAAACUUCUGCACCACAUAAACAGGACAUUCGGAGCUUGUUAUCAGAUGACUUCCUCACUAAAAAAUUUUCAACUGAUAUCCGGAAAUUUUCAAAUAAUGUUGAGUGGUCUUUCUUCUUUGAAAAGCUGAAUGUAGGAGCAGAAUUGGAAAUUAACUCAAUUUACAAUCCCAAGUCAUUCUUACCUCGAUCUGGAUCUUUCAACAUGACUGUUAAUCUUUUUGGACAUUCAAUUAAUCUUUUUGAGAUUGGAGGUCGCAUCUCUGGACUAGAUCACUAUGUAGAAAAGUUGUUUGGACCACAUGGCUAUUUUUCCAAGGCUGCAUUUGACGAAGUGGUUAACGAUGUCAAGGAGAAUACAAAGACAACUGCAGAAGAAUAUUAUAAACAGCUCAGGAGCAAAAGGUCAACUUUAUACAAGUCAGAAAAACUUGAUUUAUUGGAUGAACGAGUCGACUUAAACACCCUUGAUAAGCCAGAAGUCUCCAUGUACUUGAGAAGUUUUGGAAAUGAAUGGUUGUGGAUGAAUUCUCAUGAUAUUGAAAACGUGUAUAACACUGAAGAGGCUUUUAAUCUUGUUGAAUUGAUAAACAAGCUGUCCACAAAUGAAAAGAUUGACUUAUCUCAUAGUAUCAUGUUGUUGGAUACCACAGUGACUUGUCCAACACUGAGUGGAAUUCCUGUAAAGAUUGAUGUCAAUGGUACAGCUACUGUUGUAAUAAAAGCUGAUGGAAAAAUUAAUGUUCCCAAAAUGCGGGUUGAAGGAUACAUUUCUCCCAGUGCUGCAGUGGAGUUUAGUGCUGCUAUAACAAUGGAUGCUAAUGUUGCCAAACCAGGUGUAAAAUUUGUAUCAACAAUGCACUCUUCCACUACACUGGAUGGCAAGUUAGAAGUUGAUGAUAGACGAAUGAUGAACCUGAAACUUAACUUGCCACGAGAGAAGCUUGAAGUUAUUGAAAUAAGUGUCAGUCGCGUAGCUUAUAGAAAGUUUGAGGCCUCAGUGAACAAAGAAUAUACAUAUAUAGGCAACCAAGCAAGUGCAACCCAAGACCUCUCAAACAAUAGAUUGGUUUUUAUCAACUGUAUUAAAGGUGUUAACCCACUAGUACUGAUUAAUCAGGUACUUUUUAACAACUCAAACUAUCAUAUCAUCAUUUGGAAUAAUUUAUUUAAAAUGUCAGUUGUCAAGACUGCUGGAGAUAGAGUCUACCAUUUAGCCUUCAGUACUCCAGGCUCUUCAAUUGAUCGAGAUAUGUCAUUGGAAAUCCAGUCCAUUAUGCAUAGGAAAGAAUCUUCAGUUACUUUUGACUUCAUUUCUCCUUUUAAAAAAAUUAAAGCUUCAGGAUCUGUUUCAUUCAAAAGGAAUACAUAUGAAACCAAAUUGGAAUUGACCACUGACGAGGCUAAUCAAUACAUGGCAAAAAUGGAAGUAGAAAUUAACAAUCAGGGGAAUCAUACAGAAAUGAAACCAAAUGUACAAAUAUUAUGGCAAGAUUCUGAACCAGUUACUCUUGAUGGGUCCAUCAUUUAUGCCACUGGAUCAAAAGAUGUAUUAAAAGUUGACCUCAAAUCAAACAAACCUGGCAAGAAACCUCCAUAUAUUCGAGGUAAUAUUGUGAAAGAAGGUAGUGAGUGGCUCUCGGAUUUGAAAAAGUCUUUCCGAUUAAGUACAGAUAUAUCUUUUAGUUUGCUGUCUUUUGAUGCUCAUCUCUUUGGGACAGUGGAAAAGGAGAAGAGAAGUGUUGCCACAGAUUUAACAGUUGAAUAUCAAAAUGAAAGACAGAAUCAGCAUACCAUAAAAAUGAAUUCCAAAGUACUGAACUUGGGAACAUCUUCUCUGAGAAAGUACAAAACUACCACUGAAGUUCAGUUUAGUCAGUAUCCUGAGUACAAUUGGAACUUGAGCUGGGACACUCAGUACAAAGAACAGGACCACAGUGAAAAUGACUUAAAACUCUACUAUGGAGAUAACUUUCAUAAUGAAGACCAGUAUAUCCAUUUAUUCCACGUUGCAAAGGUUAAGGUAGAUCAGUCACAAGGUUUCAAGAUUGAUUCUGAGAAUGUAUUCCAAAUCAUCGCACCAGCAUGGGAUAUUGAUUAUGGUCUAAAUGUAACCACAAAAGCACUUAUAUCUUCCAAUCUAAAGUAUAAUGUCAGUGUUGUCUUCAAAUAUGAUCAUGAGAAGCAUCUAAAGCUUACAACAGAUUAUGAGCAAAAGACAAAAGGCCCAUUAAAGAUAUAUGGGGAAUCUACAGUGGAGUGGCCAGAGCAACCAAAGAUCAUAAUCAGAAAUUUAAUACAAGGAUCAAAUGGAGAAUAUCAGGGCCAAUUUUAUCUCAAAUUGCCAAGUGAAGAGGAUAUUAACGUUGGUUACGCAUAUCGUUGUAAAAGUAGGAAACACAAAUCCCAUAAUGAAAUUGAAGCUACUAUAGAAACUCCGGGUAUGAAACUUCCUCUCCAUUACAAAGGCCUGCUCCGUAUGAACAGAAAUGCUUUUAACCUUGAAAGCCACACUAAGUAUGAAGGAAACCCUGUAAUGGUUAUUGAUGUCAAACUAGCUCGAAAUGGACCAUCAGAAGUGCGUUUGAAUUUUCCAUUCUUAGAAGGUACCAUGAGAAUUCAAUCCUCUGAUGAAUCUGAAACAGCAAAACUUGAUUUGCAUGUCAAACCAUUAAGUCAAAGAUCUCACUCAUCUUAUGACCGAAGAAUUCUUGGUACAGUUACCUACACUAGAAAUCCAUCUUCUUACAUCAGGAACUUUGAAAUGGAUAUUUCUUGGGAUGCUAAUCAAAAUCCCAGUGACAAAUUAACCAUUAAAAUUGGAUCUAAAACAUAUCCAAGUUGGAGAGAUACUGAAUAUAACUUGUGGGCAAAGAUGAAAUAUAAAAAUGAUGUAGUUGUAGACUUUUCUGGGGAUGCCAAUAAGAAUAUUUUGGAAGGACCACAUAAUCUUGAACUGGAAAUUCAAAUGGAAAACAAUAAGAUUGAAUUUAUUGCUAAUCAUACAGUUUCUAAUGGAAUAAUGAAAUCAAACCUUUCAUGCAAGGUAAAUUAUAAAGAAGUUAUCAAAGUAGAAGCUGUUGGUGAGUAUAAUAACGAAGGGUCUACUGUCAAAAUGAAUGGAGGUAUUUCUUUUGAGUCUCCAUAUGAAAGUAUUGAUGGCAAAAAGUUCCACAUGAGCCACACGCAUGAAUUAUCUUCAUCGGUUUCUUCUGUGAAUACUGCAGUUUUAGUACAUAGUUCUCGUACAAAAGGGUACAACGCAGGGAUCAAUUUUCUACAUAAUAAGGGCUGGUCUUCUGGUAACUUUGAUGCUAGCGCUUCAGUUACUACUCCACAUGAUGAAUGGAGAUCUCAAGAUAUUAAAGUCAAUGGAGAUUAUACAUCUAAAAGCUUUAAAGUAGAUACAGAUAUCACAUUUGGAUCUGGUAAGAAAAUACAUAUGAACACGAAAGGAGAAAAAAAUAGAUAUGGAGUAAAGCUUGUUUCUUCCAUCAGCACUCCAUACUCUAGUUUUUAUAUGGCUAAGCUCAAAGUAAGAUAUAACCUUAAACCAGGAAGCUAUUUAGCAGAAACUGUUAUUGAUGUGAACAAUGAGAAAAAAUUAAAUGUUGGUGGUAAAUUUGAUAUAAGUGACUGGAAAAACUUUGAUAGCAGUGCUCAGUUAGAGACACAGUAUACACCAUCGUAUAAUGCAUAUGUUCGAGCCAACAGUAGUGGUGAUGGUAUCAGAGUUGAUGCAGGCUUCAAAAAAGAUGCCAGAGAAGUGGCAUCUGUUAAAAUCGUUAGAGAAAAUAAAAGAAGAGGAUUUACUGCAAAUUUAGGUUUUAAUUAUGACAAUGAAGAGGUGCUGAAUUUUGAUGUUAUAAAUCAAAUCAAAGGAAAGGGUGAAAGGUUAUAUGAACUUUCAGUAAGAGGCAGCUCAUUUACACAUUUUACAAUACACAUAGAUUCAAAUGUGUCACAUGAAGAAUCCCAUCAUGUAAUUCGCAUAUGUACUUCACAAGGACCUGUCGAUUGUCUUAUUUUAGAUUAUUUUCUAAAAAUUCCAUAUAGACCCAUUCAAGGUUAUAUGCAUUACGAAGCAAGAGGAUUAAUUCGCUUAUGUUCGACAUUACACCUAUCUGCAGACUUCCUCAUUCAUGCUGAUCCUUACAGUUAUGAGAGUAUGGUAGUGUUUGGAUCAGAUAACAAGAAACUGGGAUAUGAAGCACAAAUACAACAUAAAGCAGAAUAUACCUCCAAAUUGAAAAUCUUCUUGGCAUCUCGAACAAUGGAAAUUCACAGUAUUAGUAAUAAUGAUGAGACAAAUUUUGAAAUUAUUACAAAUGUUGAAAGAGAACCUUUAAACAAACUGACAGUCAAUGUACUUAAGAAUAAUGAACUGUUUAGUGAAAACUUCCAGAGAAAAAUCAUCAUAAAACAUCCAGAGCUAAGAAAACCCAUUGUCAUUACUGUGCAGUUUGACAGUAAAGAUGCAUUCCCAAAAUCAUUUUUAGCCAAAGUUGUGGUUGAUUAUAGCAAUAACCCAUCAGACACGAUUAUUGGAGAAGUGUUUCUUGAAGCUGUUAAUAAUGAUGUUUACAAUAGAUCACUUGUAUUCAACAUCUAUAAUGCAGAUAGGAGAAAGUUUGACAUCAAACUCAAACUAAACUCUGGAAACCAUAGAGAUAGAGAAACCAAUGGAUAUGAGUGGGAGUGGGUAGAUGAAACUGGAGAAAGAAAGAAAAGUCUUGCUUUGAUUGAAGUUGACCAAUCCAGAAAAUUAAUAAACUUUUGGCAUCACUGUCCAAUCAUGUCACUUAGUGCAAUAGGUAGAUAUAACAUUGUACCAGGCAAAGAAUUAAGUGCUGACUUCGAUCUUGAUACGAACAAUGAAAACAGCAGAGCUCGUUUGAUGAUAGAUUACACAAGACCAUACAUUGAAUUUACUGUUUAUGAUCAUAUAGGCACACCAGUCCAUCGGUAUCACAUUUCUGUAAAUUUGGGCAGAAAGUCACUGUUCUCUGCAAUUGCUGAGUCAUUUCAUGAAGGAUUAAAUACCACAGAUGUGUCUAUCAUCAUUGAUCGUCUAAGCAAUCAAGUAUUUGACAUUCGUUUCAAUUGGAAAGUUGACCUUGUAGCAAAAUUGUUGAUGCAAUUAUCUACAUUACCUCUUUGGUAUGAAGAAUAUGGACUUUCUAAGAUACCAGCAGAAAUACAGCACAAGUCCAGUCUCAUCACUCAGCCUCUAAAUCAAGAUGUUAUCUAUUCCUUGAGUGAUUACAUUGAGAAAGAAUAUACAGAAAUUUGCACAGAACUUAGACAUGAUAUUUCUGAAGAAAUGGAGAAGAUAAGUUCUUCGGUGUACACGUGCAAGCUGCCAUCAACCAUCACCAACUUUUUGGACCAAGUCUUCUCUCCAAUAUUUGAAACAGUCGAAAGUUAUACAAUAUUUAUCUCGGAAUACUUGACCAGUUGUAUGCAUGAAUAUGGUGGGGAAUGGUGCUCAUAUGAUUCUCUCUGUUAUAAGAUUAGUUAUGCAUACCAGCAGGAAGGUUUAAAAGGAUUGGUCAAGCUUGUAUAUAUGUAUUAUCCUGAUAAUAUAGAUGAAAUAUCUGAAACGAUAAAGGACUACAUGAUGGAAGUUGUUUCUUCUUUCACUUUGGAAAGCGUGAAAGAACUUUUGUUUGAGACAACAAACAGUAUCACUGAAGCUGUUAGCACUUCACUUGUAGCAGAAGUAACAAGUGACUUCUAUGAAUUUGUUUGGAACUGGUUAUGUGACAAAUUUGGAGAGAUGGAAUACAACAUUAACCGACAUGUAGAGGAACUAAUGAGAGACAUUAAUAAUGACAGUAAUUAUAAGAUCCUUUCAGAAAUCUACCAAGAGAUCAAAAGAGAAGAAGACAAACUGCCCUGGGAUGAAGUUUGGAAAGAUUUAAAAAAUGUUACAGCACAGGUACUUACGUCAAAUCAAUAUUCAGAUAUAGCACAAAUUCGUGAAUUUGAUCCAGAGCGUGGAGAGAUGAUACUUCGAAUGUACCUUCCUAUAGAUACACAUACUCUACGACAAGCUUGGGCACUAACAAAGUCUGAACCACAAAACUAUUCCUACAUAGACACCGUACAAGGACUAUCUGCAGGAAUUAAAAAAGAUUGGAUUGGACCAUAUGCUGGUCAUGGCAUGCUUGUAGGCUCAGAGCACUUUGUCACCUUUGACAAAACCUUCUAUGAUUUUGCCUCGGAAUGCAGUUACUUGUUAGCUCGUGACUUUGUUGAUGGAAACUUUAGUGUUAUAAUCAAUUAUGGAGGGAUAGCAUCAGGGAGAUUAGAGAAAUCUAUCAUUGUGGAGAUUGGUGAUCAUGUUGUUGAAAUGAAACCUUCUGAAAAAAUGGUAACGCUUGAUGGACAGGUAGUUGAAUUGCCUUUGAUCUUGGAACAUGUAACUGUCAUGUAUGACAGAGGUCAAAUUGUAGUGGAUGACAAACAUGGAAUUACUGUGUCAUGCCAUUUAGAACGUGAUGUUUGCUCGGUGGUCAUGAGUGGUUGGUACUAUAGCAAAACUGCUGGAUUGCUGGGAACCUAUGAUAAUGAACCUUUCAAUGAUAUGCUUAAACCAAAAGGGCAUAUUGCACAAAAAGUCAGAUCUUUUGCUCGGAGCUGGGAAGUUAAACGUGGAUGUCGAACAAGGAACAUGGCUCGAGAUGAAGAAAUUUCCAGGAACAGUAGAUCUUACCAAAUGUGUGAAGAAAUACUCCAAGAUUAUUCUUCAUCACUGAGGCCAUGUUUUGGUCAGGUAAGUUUUUUUUUUCUCAUUAUAUUCAUGAAAGAAUGUUAAUGUUGUGGUUAAACG